AUUACUGACCCUUUUGACAACGCUAUAAACAAAAUAAAAAACAUCAUGAACAAUUUAUACAGCUGUUUCAUUGUUAUCAAUGCAGGGUUUUUGAAGCAUAGUAUUUAUCAGUUAUCAUUUUAAUGUUUCUAAACACAAUUUAUUGAAUAAAUCAUCGCCAUGUAUACUAGCAUGUCUGAACACAAUUACUUGGUGAAUAAAUAUCUAAAAAUAUUUUUUGUCGUUGCUCUCUAUUGGACGGUUUCCAUAUGUACGGUGUUCGUAAAUAAACUGCUGCUAAGUAGCGACACGGUAAAUUUAGAUGCGCCCCUGUUCGUCUGCUGGUUUCAAUGUCUACUCACAGCCUGCCUAUGCGGUCUUCUGAGUAUGUUGGGUCGACGAUACCCGAAUGUUAUCACAUUUCCGGCUGGUAAUCCUUUUGACAUAGAUACAUUUCGAAAGAUUUUGCCGCUUUCUAUAUUGUUUACGCUAAUGGUGGGCACAAACAAUUUAUGCCUUAAAUAUGUUGGAGUGGCAUUUUACUACAUUGGUCGUUCAUUGACAAUAGUAUUCAAUGUUGUACUGACAUAUACACUGUUACGACAGAAAACAAGUUAUAAAGCAAUAAUUUGCUGCGUUUUUGUUGUUUUUGGUUUCUUAUUGGGAGUGGAUCAGGAGAGCAUAACUGCACAAUUUUCUCUUCGAGGCACGAUCUAUGGAGUUAUGGGAUCGCUUAUAUUGGCAUGGUAUUCUAUUCAAACCAAAAAAUCUUUAGUACAUGUUCAACAGGAAGUUCUGCUACUAAGUUUCUACAAUAAUGUUUAUUCAAGCUUCCUUUUCUUGCCACUUAUUUUAAUGAAUGGCGAAGUCAGUGCAAUUAUUAAUUACGAGCAUAUUUUCGCUCCGUGGUUUAUUGGUGCUAUGGUUGUUGGUGGCCUAUGCGGUUUCGCAAUAGGAUUUGUAACAGUGUUAGAGAUAAAGGUGACGUCACCAUUGACACAUAAUAUAUCUGGAACAGCAAAGGCUUGCGCUCAAACCGUUAUAGCCACACAAUGGUAUAAUGAUACAAAGUCGGGUUUAUGGUGGACAUCGAAUUUUAUUAUUUUAUUAGCCAGUGCCGCAUAUACACGUGUAAAACAACUAGAAAUGCAACGUCAGCAUGAACGUGGUAGCACUACACAAAAGGCAUAGCAAUGAAAGUUUAAUUUGUUUAUAAUACAUUGCGAUUUUCGAACGCAAUACUAAGAUAAACUUUUUAGUAUUUUAGACCAAAUACAUACAUAAUUACAUAUAUACCAUA